AUCCUCUGUGUUCGGCAGCGCUUUAAGCCUCUCAGCCACGGCACUUUGCGCACAGACACAGUGCGAAGAAGUUCAAGAAUGUUACCACGGAGUCCAGCAUCCACGCCUCGACUCUGCAUUACUGCCUAUCUUUGCAUUAUUACUGAAUAUUAAUACAGACUACGCGUUUUUUUCGUUCUUUCUUUCUUUCUUUUUUUUAUAUUUCUUUUUAUUUUUUAUUUUUCAUUUUUUUCAAAAGUCAAGCGCAUCUUGAAUAAUUUACACCCAGUAUUAUUUCCUGCUUAAGAAAAGUCAGGUAGAGAUUCUAGCCUUCUAGGGUGGAUUAUUUGUGAUUAUUUUGGAUGAUUUGAGGGGGAAUAUGGAUUUCCCCAAAAUGAAUGAAAGUCAUGGCACAUUGUGGGAGUGCGCCAAAGCGCAUUCGUUAAACCGCUCCACCGUGGACAUGAACGCCACCUGUAGCAAUGCGUCAGUUUUAACCAAACUUCAAGUAACACGAUCUAAAGAGAUGUACUCACUUCGGAUCCUCCUCUACUCUCUCAUCUUCCUCUUGAGCGUAUUUGGCAACCUGUUGAUCAUUGUGGUGCUGGUGGUGAACAAGCGUAUGCGCACCGUCACAAACUCCUUCCUGCUCUCGCUGGCUGUCAGUGACCUCAUGAUGGCUGUCUUCUGCAUGCCUUUCACUCUCAUCCCUAAUUUGCUGGAGGACUUCAUCUUUGGAGCCGCCAUGUGCAAGACCGUCGCCUAUUUCAUGGGUAUCUCCGUCAGCAUUUCCACCUUCAGCCUGGUUGCCAUAGCAAUCGAGAGGUACAGCGCCAUCUGCAACCCGCUGAAGUCACGGGCAUGGCAGACCCGCUCGCAUGCUUACAAAGUCAUUGCCGCUACCUGGGUGCUGUCUGUGGGCAUCAUGGUUCCCUAUCCCAUCUUCAGCACCCUGGUGCCCUUCUCCAAACCCAACAACAUUACUGCUCACAUGUGCCGCCCAGAUUGGCGUAUAAGCCAAAUGGAACAGAUUUGGUACGUCUUGCUGCUUUUUAUUCUAUUCUUUAUCCCCGGUGUGGUAAUGAUCAUUGCCUAUGGACUCAUCUCCAGAGAGCUCUACCGGGGGAUUCAGUUUGAGCUGGAGCAGAAGAAUGACUGUAGAGCCCUGAAGAAUGGUGUGAAUGGAACGGUAUCACACGGACAAGAUGAUAGUGAUGGCUGCUACAUCCAGGUUCCCAAGAAACCUCCAGCCAUGGAGCUUUCCUCCAUCAGCAACCCAGCCUCCUCCAAGCCGGACAGGCCGCGCAGCAACACCUCUGAAGCCAAACUCCUGGCCAAGAAGCGUGUGAUCCGUAUGUUGAUCAUCAUUGUAGCUAUGUUCUUCAUCUGCUGGAUGCCUCUCUAUACCGUGAACACGUGGAAGGCGUUCGACCAGCACUCAGCCAAACGAGCCCUCUCUGGCGCCCCCAUUUCCUUUAUCCAGCUGCUGUCUUACACGUCGGCCUGCGUCAACCCCAUCAUCUACUGCUUCAUGAAUGUGCGCUUCCGUAAGGCUCUGCUGGCCACCUUCGCCUGGUGCGCCCUGCCUUGCCGCAAGCGCAAGAGGAGGGAAGGCGAUGAUGAGGUUACCGGUGUCACGGCUGCAUCCAUGUCUAAAUUUAGUUACACCACUGUUAGCACAGUGGGGCCAUGUUAGCUCGGAAUCAGGGGUUCGUCCAGAUCGUAUCGGUUUAGGCAUGUUUCGUCUCAAGAGUUUUUGUAUUUGUGAAUAGUUUCAUGUAGUCCUCUUUCUGUCUUGCUGAUGUAUUGAUGUGUUGGUGUUAGAACAAACAAGACUGCCCAAGGUGUUGCCAGUGAUGAGUAAACAGCAUCGAUGCUGAUCCUCAGAGGAAACAUUUGAGCACAUUCUUCUAAAAUACUAUGGACAAUCGCUAAAAAAAAAAGGAAAACAAUGAAGAAAGGAUAUCUAGAUAUCACAGACUGUGCCUGUAUAGUAAAAUCAUGUAAAUAUUCAAUCCAUGCAUGAAACAAUCUGUCACUUAGCUGUCUUGACUUAGGUCAACAAAUAAUGGCUACAAAAUGGUACAGUUGUUCAUCACUAGAAUAUUAAGCCGGUGUCAUUAGUCCUCCUCAUUUAUGGUGUGAGUGUGAGUUUGUGUUCUUUUUCGUUGUAGCUUGUGAAUUGUGUUGAUGAUCCGACAAACCAAAUUGUGUGACACGCUUCAUUACAAGCAUAAAUUCCAUAGGGAGACCAUGCAUCUUAUUACCAAAUCCUCAUCAUCGAUGCAUACCUCUGAGAUUGCUGUCUUGAAGUUAGUACACUCGACCAAUCCACUGUUCCACAAUGCUGUCUUAAGAGGCAACAAAGAAUUUUCUUUAUAGAAGUAGCGCUUUCUGUGUGAGCAAUUUUGCUUUAGGGCUGAAAGGAAGCUUGAGAAGUAUUACAAACAGUGUUUUUCUUUUUAUGUUGUUACUGGUUACACCAUUAAAAUGCACAUACAUGCAUACAGAUGUACAGGAGCACACUCUUAAAAAAAACAAACAAAAAAAAAAACAAAGCGUAGGAGUUGUCCUAAUUGCUUUCUUGCACUUUGCAAGUUGAUGAGGCGUUCUUGUAAAGCGCCUCUGAAUACAUAAAAUGUAAUCUCAGCCCUGCUUUGUAGUGAGCUUAAUAUUACAUACAAGAAUAUCUUGAAUUCUGCUUGGCCUUGAUUGUGGAUAAGGUAAUUGCAGUGCUUUGGUUUGGUCUAAUUUUAUUCUUGAAUAACUAAAUUUGACUAUGAGAAUACCAUGCUUUAGCUGAAAAAUGAGACCUCAUACAUACACACACACAUACACACACACACACACACACACACACACUGCAUACACAACAAUCAAAUCACUGACAGGUGAAGUAUAUAACAUUGAUUAUCUCAAUACAAUGGCACCUAUCAAGGGGUCGGAUAUAUUAUGGAGCUGGUUUGAGGAUCCGAGUGACUUUGACAAGAUCCAAAUUGUCAUGACUAGACAACUGGGUCAAAACAUCUCCAAAACAGCAGGUCUUGAAGGGUGUAUGCAUUAGUUAGUCCCUAUGAAAAGUGGUCUGGAGAAGCACAACUAGUGAAGCGGUGACAGAGCCACAGGAAAUAAGUUCGAUAUUGGAAAAUAUAACGUGAUGCCAUUACCACCCCGAAGUUGGUCAUUCUCCUAUAACAGCAAGGCUUACAGUAUUCAACGUAAAUUUAAAAAAAAAAUAAUAAUAACAAAACUUUUUUUUUUUUUUUUGCAAUCCAUUUAACAUUGUGUUGUUGUCUAUGAAGCAAAUUGCCCAUGAAUAAGGCAAAAACAGUUUGUCAUUAACAGGAAAACGUUUUCCUUACAGUAUUUAUCAUAUCGUCAUUAAUUAUAUUAAAAUGACCCAUUUUUUAUUUAUUAAUGUAGAGCUUUAGCUAGUAGCUACAAGUAGCUUCGCUAAUAACUACAAGUUCCUGCUAGUAUAAAAAAGAUAAGCUACUAGAAUGAGUGUAUUAAUGUAUAACCUUUUUGACCAAUUGGAUUUAAGAGUUCAGUGACAGUGGAAUGCUAAGAUAAAUAAUAAGCUUUUUCAGGGCUAAACAGUUGAGAUUUUGAUUGUAGUUGAGCUCAAUGCAGGCUGCAAAAAUGCAAAACAGUUGUACUUUGUGGUCAGGGACACUGUGAACUAAUGUUAAUCACAGAUGAAAGCUGUUCUCUCUCUCUUUUUUUUCUUUUUGUGAUCUUUCUCUAUGUCUCUCACUCACACACACACACACACAAACAGAUGGACUUUAGCAGAUGAAGACUGGAAUUUAUAUUUUUCUAACAUGUUUAUCAUUUCUCAAUCUGUACAUUACAUCUUCAUUUUUAUCAGUUUUUUUUAAUCGGUCUCUCACUCCCCUCACUGGUUUGCGAACCAUCCUCGUAUGCUGCAAAAUUCUAUCAAACCCAUGAGCCUUGGGGCUAAAACACAAGCAAUGUUUCCCAGUAUGACAGGCCGUCUCUUGGUGAAACAGGUGCUGUUAUUUCUCCGAACUUGCCAGCUUUGUGUUACGUGACAAAAUUUGUUCUGGUCCUUCAAGAGCUCAAAGCUAUGUUUUGAUCAUGGAAUGACACAUUAAGCACGCCAGCUACCCUUUUCACUCUGCUCUGACAAAUCUAAAUUUCUGUUUCCAAGACUACCAUGCCAUUUCACGCAGGCCUUGACAGAGAUCAAACAUAGCCUGAAGUAGCAAAUGGAGCCUUGUGCAAAUAAAAGCAAUGAAGAAAACAGCUAUUGGAAAUGACACUGGAACAAACCAACAAAUCUAGUAAUCCACUAUAGAGCACUUACUUGCGCAGAUGAUAAUCCAUUUGAUAAUCAAUCUGUGAUGGAACUAAUACGGCAGAUGGAAAAAUGCUUGUCAUACUGAGAGCUCUUUGGAUAACUAUAGAAGUUCACAAUUGCUCACAGACUUUCAUCAAAUGAGUCAAUUAACCAGAAGUCGAAAUGCAAACCUGAAAACUGAGUCCCAUAAACAUCGACGUAACAUGCGGUUAGAAGCAGAAGGCAAUUCAUAUGAGCUUUACUCAACCAAAUCAAAGCAAUAUAAUUAGGCUCAACUUCAAAAACUGUAAUUCAAGUUCAUAUUCAAACUGGACAUUAAAAUGUCCAAUAAAAACUAGACCUGGACUCUACAAUAAAUUAAAAAUGACCCACUUUUUAAUUAUUUAUGUAGAGCUUUAGCUAGUAGCUACAAGUAGCUUUGCUAAUAACUACAAGUUCCUGCUAUAGUAUAAAAAAGAUAAGCUACUAGAAUGAGUGUAUUAAUAUAUAACCUUUUUGACCAAUUGGAUUUAAGAGUUCAGUGACAGUGGAAUGCUAAGAUAAAUAAUAAGCUUUUUCAGGGCUAAACAGUUGAAAUUUUGAUUGUAGUUGAGCUCAAUGCAGGCUGCAAAAAUGCAAAACAGUUGUACUUUGUGGUCAGGGACACUGUGAACUAAUGUUAAUCACAGAUGAAAGCUCUGAGAUCUAAAUAAAUUCAUGAAAAGUCUUCACAAUGAAUCAAGACUCAACAGGGUAUGCACUGACAAACUAAGCAAGGAUAAUGAACAGAUGAAAACAAUCAGGCAACAAACGAAUGAAGAGAUAGAGAUAGGAUUAGAACAGUGUAAUCCUUCAAGCCCUACUGGGAAUUUCAUAUUUAGAAAUUCGGAAAUCGUAAUUACGACAUCAAGUGCAUUCAGGUCACUUUAGUCAGAGAAAGGUGGAGAUGUACUUUCUUUUCAGUAACUGCAAAAAAAAAAAAAAAAACAGUCAAUUUCAACAAAUUUACCCCUAAUUA